GAAGACGUAAGAGGGUUCAAAGAACACAGGAAGGAGAUCGAUCGUCUAGUAUAAUGUAUGGCUCCAUCCGCUUUGGAUGCGACCAUCAUUAGUUCUACUUCGAGGUUUCUGGCAUUGUUAGAUCUCACCGAAGAACUAAAGGAGUAACAUUUUCAGAAUAUGGAGGAUAUGGACAUUGAUUCAGUCGUGGAUGUCCCUGACACUCCCGAUAGAUUGACUAUCCGCAAGAAUAGGAGGGGAGGUGUUGAAAAGGAAAUUACUUCAUCUGUAGCUGGUAGUUCUAAAGAUUCUGAGUUGCUGAGUAGAGGGGUUCCCAAUGGACUAUGGGGCCGUAGCAAGCCGAUCACAGGAAAUGGAAACAGCAAAAGAUUUUAUCCUCAGCGGGAAGAACUAACCAUUCGUAAUGGAAUUAAGCAAGGGAGUUCACCAAUUGUUAACUCAUUAGAUAACACUUCUGUUUUCAAGGCUCAUCUCUUCAAGGGGUUGGCACACCAUAAUCCCAGGCUGGAGUCUGAACCUUCUGCACAGCCUAAACAUUCAGUUCAUGUGCCUUCUAAUUCUUACGGUCAUGGAGGUGAUAGAGCUCGACUUGGUGCUGAUUGUUCUGGCAUUGCUGAAGUAUUAGCUCCUGAUGUUGGAAUUCAAGAUGGAAGUAAUAGAAAACUGAUUGAUUUGUCAAGCCCGAAAAUUAAUGGUAGAAAUACAAGAAGGAAGAUGGUUACAGGUAAUAUUAACCUAGAUAGAGGAAAAGGCUUGUGCACUGAAAUUCCUUCUAGACAUUCUGCUUGCAUAAAUAAGAAUGGUGUUCUGAAUUUGAUUGGACGGCAUGAGCAUACAGGAAUACCUGAAAGGGCAUGUGGCGAAUUAAAGGAUUUUAUGGCUGAAGAGGCUCGAAGAGGCUCAAUACCAGUCAAUGGUUUUUCUUCUUUACAUACUGUUGCAAAUUCUUCAAAAGCACUCAGCAAUGGCUGCAAAGGGAAAACAAAAAUAGAUGAUACAUGUACUAUUACAACUGUGGCUUCAGAUCACAUGAAAAGUUUUUAUCCGAUCAAUGAUUCUCAACCAAAUACCAGAGAGAUGAUGUUAGAAUCUGUGCAGCCUAUUAUGUCAUCUAGGAGAACAGGGCAAAAAAGGCUUGUACGCAAUGGGUGUAUCUCUCCAUUUAAUAUCACAAGGGCUAAACAAACUGCUGAGAACCAUUGUAAAAGUUCUGUGGAUGUUGAACAGGCUGAUGUUGGUGGAGUGAUCACCAAUGCGGAGGCUCCAUCAUGUCAAAUAAACAUUGUUCGCCAUGAUUCUGAAAGCAACCGGGUUGACAUAGUUAAAGGAAAAGGGGUAAUGAGAGAUUCAAAUCCAACAAAAGAGCAUGAUGUGGAAGGCAUGCAGUUGCCGAGUAGAGAUUCUCUAACUCAUAUGGAAGAGGAUAUUAUUGCAAUCAGAGAUGGCAGUGGUGGUGCUUUCAGAUGCUUUGAAGGUAUUGGUGGUUGGAGAAGCACUCGUAGUCGUUCCAAAAUGCCAUCUGCACCACCAUUUGAUGAGGUUGUGAGCCCAUCCAGAAAUGAUCAGAGACAUGUCAACAGAAUAGAAAGUGGGGAUCAUGUGGGUGUUGAAAUUACUGAUCGGUACUCUCUUCAGCAUAAUCCUAAUUUGCUUUUAGUGCAAUCAUCUUCUAGUGUUCUGUCGGAGUCAGACAGAGUUAAUGGACAACAACGUCGAGCAAACAAGCUAGUGAAAAGGCAGAAGAAACAGGGCUCAACUCGCAGUAAUAUUGGUGAAUGCUCUACUUUAACUCCUGAUGAUUCAAGCAUUGCUCAUCUCUUGUCAUCUGGGGAACCUCUCAAUGCUAGAUCCACUAGAAGAAGAAAUACUAAUCGCCAUGGCAACUCAGGUUCAGUUAUAGUGAUUGAUGAGUUUUCACCUGAAACAAGAGGUGGUAACUCUGUAGAUAUUAGUCAAUUGGUUGAUAAUGACUCAGAGACUAGGGCAAGACAAGUGGAAGCUGAUGAGAUAUUGGCUCGUCAACUACAAGAACAAUUCUUUUAUGAGUUGCCAGGAGCUGUUGGAGAGUUGGAUGCAAAUAUUGCCCGAACACUACAGCAGGAGGAGGAUGCCCAGCAUGCAUCUUAUCAUGGGAAUCUACGUGCACCACAUCCUAGAGACCCAUCAAUGUCCCAUUUGUAUAGACAACAUCCGUCUCGACCUUUCCGGAACCGUUCAGUUCGGACAACAAAUCGUGCUCAACAACCUAGGUCUACAAGAAAUGGGCGAUUGAGGACUAGCUCUCGUACUUUGUCUUCUGGGGGGAGGAGUAUUCAGUUUCCCUCAGAUGUGGAUUUUGAGACGAGAAUUGAUAUAUUGGAAGCAUUAGAAGCAGCAGUUGGCAACAGUAAUGACAUGAGACGGGCUGGUCAUGUAUUUCAACGUGAUUUCAAUGAAAAUGAUUACGAGUUACUUUUGGCCCUUGAUGAGAACAAUCACCAGCAUGUUGGUGCAUCUGCACAUCAUAUUAAUAGUUUGCCACAGUCAACUGUCCAGACUGAGAACUUCGACGAAGCUUGUGCAAUCUGCCUCGAUACCCCAAGCACUGGAGAUAUAAUUCGUCAUCUUCCUUGUUUGCACAAAUUUCAUAAAGAUUGUAUUGAUCCGUGGCUGAGGAGAAAAACAUCAUGUCCAGUUUGCAAGUCUAGCAUCACUUGAUUUGCAUCAAAAAUUGAGUUUGUUCAAGCCAUUACAUUUGUAGCAGUUUAGACAUAAAUUGCAUGCAAAUGUGUUCAUGCCUAAACAGGUGAUCAGGAAUUCCAUACCUUAAGUUGUGAAUUUAUUUGCAACAGCUGAUGGUUUGCUAUUUGUUUUAUUUUACAAUUUGAUAUUUUUAUUGUCCAUCAAGUAUCAGAGAUCUGAAAUCCAGAAUCCUUUAUUUAUAUGUUAGAAGAUUAGCUACAUGAAAUUGAAUACCUAAUAGAAGAA